AUGGGGGAGGUGGAGAAGCUUGGAAGGGCCGAGGAUGCUGCUGCACAGCUGAAGACUCCUGAGGAGCCGGUUCCAAAGACAGAAAGCGAUCCAGCAGACGAAGCUUGUGCCGUAGAAGAAGAUGCCUCGUGUUGUCCUGCUGCUGCAGAAUGCCCGGCUGUAGAUGUUCAUCGGCCACCAGGAACGGAGCUCUCAACGUACGUGGAACCCCACGCCUUGGUGACCGUGGAGGCCCCACAGCCUUCCCAAGAACCGGCCUCCGAGCCACGCUACCAGCGUACCCCCAAAGCCUCAAUUGCCGACAUGGAUUGCCUCAUCUGCUUCAACCGCUACAGCGCUUCCCGGCUGCCGAAACUCCUGGCCUGCCAGCACGCCUUCUGCGCCGUCUGCCUGAAGCUCAUCCUGAGGAAUGAGGACCACACCUGGAUCAUCGCCUGCCCUCUCUGCCGAAAAUCCACGGUCGUUUUUGGCGGCCUCAUCUGCAGCCUCCGGGACAAAGAGGACAUCUUGGGCCGGCUGGAGAGCCCUGACCCAGAGGCCGAGGUGCCCUGCCCGCCACGCCCUACGGGCACGAGCCCAGCAAACCGCCGGUCCAGCUCCGGGGACCAAGAGCCCAGGAGCAACCGGGCAUCCGCCAAGAGGCUGGUGCUGCUCUUGCUGCUGGUGGCUCUGCUCAUUGCGCUCAUCCUCCCUUUCAUGUACACGGGGCUGCUCAAGUGGGCCUUGUGUUCUGUGACGGUUUUGGGGCUCAUCAUGUCGGGGGUUCUUUGCUGCAACCCUAGCUGGAGUUGCUCAGACCUCUCGAUGCCACCUUGGAGGAAGAAGGAGGGCCACGCGGCGUCUGUUGCCUGA